AUCAACUUUCUCUCUCGUUCUAUUUUUAGAGCCAGAGCUUACCUUCCGCCUUUCAUGAUAAAAAAACACACCAUUAUCGCCAUUAUCGUUUAUUUUGUUUUCUUAAUCGCUGUUUUUUCGUUUCAGUCUCUUUAGUUCUCUGAUAAAGUUGAGAACAGAGAACAAAAAGCAAAGAAAUACUGAGACAUGGCAGCCCACGGAAACGGAGAGUUCAGCUUUGUGAACGUGAUGACGGCGAAUAACGGGUUGAAGAUCGAGACUCAGGGGAAGAAAGGGAACGAGAUCUGUCACAAUGACAAUACGGCUACCGUUAAGGUGCAGACCAUUGACGAGCUUCACUCGUUGCAGAAGAAGAAAUCGGCACCAACUACUCCGAUCAAGGACACAGAGGGCACCUUUGCCAAUUAUUCUGAAGAAGAACGCCAGAAGAUGCAGCUCAAGUCGAUCAGUGCAUCAUUGGCGUCACUAACAAGAGAAACCGGACCGAAGCUGGUGAAAGGUGAUCCGGCCCAGAAAGGCGAGGGUGUAGCUGUGACGCAUGUGGCUCACCACUACCCUAUCGCACCCGCAAUCAGCGUUUCCGACAGCGCCUUGAAAUUUACCCAUGUCCUCUACAACUUAUCACCCGCUGAGCUGUAUGAGCAGGCGAUAAAGCAUGAGAAAGGUUCGUUCUUCACGUCGACCGGUGCGCUGGCGACUCUGUCCGGGGCCAAGACAGGUAGGUCGCCGAGAGACAAACGUGUUGUAAAGGAUGAAACCACUGAGGAGGAGCUUUGGUGGGGAAAGGGCUCACCCAACAUUGAAAUGGACGCGCAUACUUUCUUGGUGAACCGAGAAAGAGCUGUUGAUUAUCUGAAUUCUCUGGACAAGGUGUUUGUCAAUGAUCAAUUCUUGAACUGGGAUCCACAGAACAAAAUCAAAGUCCGGAUUGUCUCUGCUAGAGCUUAUCAUUCAUUGUUUAUGCACAACAUGUGUAUCCGACCCACUCCUGAAGAGCUGGAGAAUUUUGGUACUCCGGACUUCACUAUUUACAAUGCUGGACAGUUCCCGUGUAACCGUUACACCAACUACAUGACAUCCUCCACUAGCGUAAACCUUAAUCUUGCUAGGAAGGAAAUGGUCAUCCUUGGCUCCCAGUACGCCGGGGAAAUGAAGAAGGGUCUUUUCAGUGUUAUGCAUUAUCUCAUGCCUAAGCGUCAAAUCCUCUCCUUGCAUUCUGGCUGCAAUAUGGGAAAAGAUGGAGAUGUUGCCCUCUUCUUUGGUCUAUCAGGAACUGGCAAGACAACUCUGUCUACUGAUCAAAACAGAUACCUAAUUGGAGAUGAUGAGCAUUGUUGGAGUGAGAAUGGUGUUUCAAACAUUGAAGGUGGUUGCUAUGCCAAGUGCAUUGAUCUCUCAAGGGAGAAGGAGCCUGAUAUCUUCGACGCUAUUAAGUUUGGAACUGUUUUGGAAAAUGUGGUGUUUGAUGAACACACCAGAGAGGUGGAUUACUCUGACAAGUCUGUCACAGAAAAUACCCGGGCAGCCUACCCAAUUGAAUACAUCCCAAAUGCAAAGAUACCUUGUGUUGGUCCACAUCCCAAGAAUGUGAUCCUCUUGGCAUGUGAUGCCUUCGGUGUGCUCCCACCAGUGUGCAAGCUGAGUUUGGCACAAACCAUGUACCAUUUCAUCAGUGGCUACACUGCUCUGGUUGCUGGAACAGUAGACGGCAUAAAAGAACCACAGGCAACAUUCUCAGCAUGCUUUGGUGCAGCAUUUAUAAUGAUGCAUCCUACAAAAUAUGCAGCCAUGCUAGCUGAGAAGAUGGAAGAGCAUGGUGCAACUGGAUGGCUUGUCAACACAGGCUGGUCUGCUGGAAGUUAUGGCGCCGGAACCCGUAUUAAGCUGGCAUACACCAGAAAAAUCAUUGAUGCCAUCCACUCCGGCAGCUUGCUGAAGGCGAAGUACAAGAAAACCGAGGUCUUCGGGCUUGAAAUUCCUACUGAGGUUGAGGGAGUGCCUUCUGAGAUCCUUGAUCCAGUGAACACAUGGGGAAACAAGAAGGAAUAUAAUGAGACACUCUUGAAACUAGCUGGUCUGUUCAAGAAGAACUUCGAGACAUUCACCAACUACAAGAUUGGCAAUGAUAACACUCUGACCAAUGAAAUUCUUGCUGCUGGUCCGAACUUCUAAAUUUUUGCAAAUAAAGCUGGUUCGAGCAACAAGAGAACCGGAUGAAGAGAGGAUGGAGUUUGAUUGAUAGAAAUAAA